GUUCUGCUCAUAGCUCACUGUCUUUCUUCAUUUCUCUAUUAAAAUUCUCUCUCACAUAUUCACAAGUUACAUAGAUUUGUCUCUUUCUCAUGGAAUAAUUAUACACUCUUUAAUUUCUUGUGAACCUCCAUAAAUACACUCUUCUCCAUACUCUCUACUUCCUCUCUCUCUUUUUCUCUUUCUCUCUUUCUCUUCAGCAAAUCAGCCACUAUCUUGAGAUAUUCAGCUAUCUAGGGUUGUUUCUUUCUUUCAAGCUUCUGUAAUAUGAUCAUGGGAAUUCAAAGGCCUGCGUGGUUGGAAGCUCUUUACACACAGAAAUUCUUUGUGGGUUGUUCUUAUCAUGAAUCAGCAAAGAAAAAUGAGAAGAAUAUAUGCUGUUUGGAUUGCUGCACCAGCAUAUGUCCUCAUUGUAUUCCAUCUCAUCGCUUUCACAGGCUUCUUCAGGUUCGCCGAUAUGUUUAUCAUGAAGUUGUUCGAUUGGAUGAUCUCCAGAAGCUCAUAGACUGCUCUAGUGUUCAGGCAUAUACUAUUAAUAGUGCAAAAGUGGUGUUCAUCAAGAAGAGACCUCAAAACAGGCAUUUUAAAGGAGCUGGAAACUAUUGCACUUCCUGUAAUAGAAGCCUUCAGGAACCCUACAUUCAUUGCUCUCUUGGCUGCAAGGUGGACUUCGUGCUGAAACACUUCAAUGACCUCAGUCCAUACUUAAGAAGAUGCAACACAUUAACACUGAGUCCAGACUUGUUGAUUCCACAGGAGAUGGGAGAGGAAGAAACUCAGUCGACGAUAGUAAACAGUGAAGAGAGAAUUAGUUGGUCUUCAGCAUCAUCAGGAUCACAGAACAAUCAAAGUCGGAUAGUGAGAAAGAAAAGAAGUAGUGAUAACGAAGACAUGGCUACCAGCUGCAUUAUCAGUAGAAGAAAAGGAAUUCCUCAGAGAUCUCCUCUUUCUUAAGAAAUUAACAAAAACCCUUCUGCACAAUCAUAUUAUCAGUGAUUUUUAAGUUUAUAUUUAUACGGUUUGUUUC